UCCACUCGGCCACACGGAGUCUUAUUAUUAUUUCUUCUGCCCACCUGAGUAGUCGUCAUCACCGGGAAUUAAGGACUAUUUCUGCGGCAAAGAGGGAAGGACAAGCCCUCCGACGUCUUUUUGAAAAUCUUCCUAAAUCGUCCUUUCUUUCCCCCCUUCUUAUUUUCUUCGCAUCCCUCCCUCCUCCUCCUCCUCUUCCUCCUCCAUCUCUUCUUCCUCUUCUUUAAAGGGGCCCGAGAGCCGCCGCACGCGCAGCAGGGUGCCUUCCACCGCCUGUUAUUUUUGUUGUUUGUGUGUGUUUGUGUUUUGCCUGCUCGCGAGCCCCUGCCCUCUGGUCUGCCUCCUGCCCGCGAGCACAGAGUGCGCGAGGCAACCUCCCCGGAGGGAGCUGUCCGGUGCUGAAGUUGCAUUUCUCACCCUCUCUGCACGAGGACUAAAAGCAGGGAGACAGUCAGAGAGACAGAAAGAAGAGGAAAGAAAUCCUAACUGAGCGGUGUGUGAGCGUUCAGCUGUUCCACCGGAUCAACUCACAGCCUCGCGCUUCCUCCCAAAAUCUGAAGACAAUCUUCCGCCGGUUCGCCCCGUCUUGUUGGUGUGUAACGGGCGAAUCAGCACGCUGGCCAGGCCGUCGGCGAACGGCUGUGUUUGUGAGUGUGUGUUGUGUUUGUGAGUGUGUGUGCGUGCGUGUGUGUGUGUCGGUGUCGCACCACCAUGCCAAGGUCUUUCCUGGUGAAAAAGGUGAAACUGGAUGAUUUCUCCACCGGAGCGGAUUUGGAGAACGUCUACCGGCACAGGACAGACCUCAGCCUGCGGCUCCACGACAAAGCUGGGUACAUCAGUGACUACAUCAGCCCUGUUGUGUACGAUGGUGAGAGCGAUGGCGGGCUCAAGAUGCCCUCCCCUGACCCCCUCUACGAUGGUAUCCACAGUGACUACGGGGCCCCUGACUCUGAGUCCCCUGACAGUCCUGGCUCAGAAAUCACCGAUGGUUACAUCAACGGAGAUGCUGCAGUGAGUGAGGGUUACACAGUCGACGCCUUCUUCAUCACCGACGGCCGCUCGAGGAGGAAAGCUAUCAGCAGUCCCAGGACCAUCCAGAGGCACACCUGCAACGAGUGCGGCAAAACCUACGCCACGUCUUCCAACCUGAGCCGGCACAAACAGACACACCGCUCGCUGGACAGCAAGCUGGCAAAGAAAUGUCCGACCUGCGGUAAGGUGUACGUGUCCAUGCCCGCCAUGGCCAUGCACCUGCUCACUCACGACCUCAAGCACAAGUGUGAUGUGUGUGGGAAGGCGUUCAGUCGACCCUGGCUUUUACAGGGCCACAUGCGCUCUCACACGGGCGAGAAGCCAUUCGGAUGCGCCCACUGCGGGAAGGCCUUUGCUGAUCGCUCUAACCUGCGUGCUCACAUGCAGACCCACUCGGCCUUCAAGCACUUCAAGUGUAAACGCUGCAACAAGACCUUCGCGCUCAAGAGUUACCUGAACAAGCACUACGAGUCUGCCUGCUUCAAAGGCCCUUUCUCUCCCCUCGGCCCCCUAGAUGCAUGACCCCCCUGCAUAGAUGAAACAAGAGACAAAACUGCAGACAUAAAUUACCAUUAUCCUUACAGACUGAACUGCAGACACAAACAAUCUAUUUUUGGUCAGAAUAUGACCUUGCUUUCCCUCCUCCCCCUAUCUCACCUCCCCCCACCUUGCUUUCCCUUGGAGCCUAUUCAUGAUGAUGAAGAUAGCACAAUUUUUCUCCUUGAGAUUUGCCCACUUAAGGAUUUAACUGAUCUACGCAUGCACUUCCUCAAAAACUCUUCACCUCCUCUUCCUCUGUCUGUUCUGGAUGGAGACAAUAAUACUAACACGGCUUCCUUCUGGCAUCUAGAUACAGUAUGGCGUCAUAUAUUUUGGGACAGUGAUGAUGAUGAUGAUGAGGAUGACGACAAAGACAAUUGUAAGCCUCUAGCUACUGGGUUCCUCCCUGCACUGAAACGCAGUGAAAGAGUUUUUCCUUCUGAUUUUGAUUUUUGGGGGAAUAAUAGUAAUAAUAAUAGUAAUAAUAAUGAUAAUAAUAAUGUUCUGCUGCACCAAGUGACCAUAUUCUCUCCACUACUGAGGUAAAAUACUAUUUAUUUAUUUAUUUAUUUAUUUUAGCAUUUGUUUUUUUUAUUUGUCUGUUUAUACUUGAUUUGAUAACAACAAAGUGAA